AUGUCAGCACGAACGUAUGUUAAACUUCAUGUGAAUUGCCUUGAUGCAAGCAUUAGACUUCGUUGUUAUCAAUUCUUGUCUGGAGUUCUUAUUUUUCCCGUGCUACUCGAAACUCGUGGCGAUUCGGGUUUAUUUCAUCAUUUUUUAUUGGGUAAAAUGAUAAAGCUUACAAAUUUGUUUACUAAUCGUCAUCAUGUUGCACAACGUCUAGCUGAAGUCAUGUCAAGUACGAGGGAAAUCAGAAAAAUUUAUGAAAGGAAACAAAUAUUUUGA